AUGGCGUCUCAUCGGAACUCUUCCCGGUCAGUCGUUGGCUUUCAACAACAAGGCACCGUCGACUGGACUUUGGUCACCGGUGGAAGCGUCACUUUGUCCGCUGAUGUCUUAUCGAGGCUAUCAAAAGCUGGUGUGGAGGCGUUCACCCUUGUCGCCGCUCAAGCCAUCUUCUCUAACGCGAAACUGGGCCGUCAAGGUGAGGUUCGUAUGAACAAAGCCAUUGAUAGCUUGAGUGCUUUCCCUUCGGUUGACAAUGUGCUCUGGUUUGGCUUUGGGAUAAAGCACAUUGUUCGAACCUUGCAAGACUCUGCAGAAGGGCUGGCAUGUGUUGCUGUAUGUGCAUCCUUGACCGAACAUUACAGUACACCCGUCGCGGGACAAAUAUUGCGAGAGCUGUUCCUCCUGUAUCAUCCACCUGCUGAGUAUACACCAGCGCUCCGGCAAUGGACCUCUUUGGUUGCGACUUCUGAAGGGUUGCUAGCCUCGACAGAGUUCGGAUUAGUCCUUCAUGGAAUCGCAAGGCUUUUCCUGAGGGAUGACUGGUCAAGUCGAAUGAGUGCAGGGACACCCAAAGCCAUUGCGACUGUACUGGAACAGGGUUUUCAGAUUUCCCGGGGAGGCCUUGACCAAUUGCACCUCUCGGGGGGAGCUGAUUGCGCCUGGAUCGCUGCUGUUGCACACUGGAUUUUCGAUCUCAGAGUUGAGCUGAAAAAUGAAAAUGGUGAUAUUAUAUAUCGACCAGACGGCACGAGAAACGAUUCUUCUGCAGAUUCUCAGGUUAUAAUCACAUACUCUGAAAAGAAUGAACCGGGAUCGAUUCAAGUCACGCGUAAACACUAUACCAUUCCUGGCGGAAGAUUGCUAUUUUCUGAUGAACUAGAACAUGGGUGUACAACAUGUGGUCGGGUCUCGUGGGAAACAUGCCUUAUCGAUACUUUCGGCAAUCCCAUGAGACAUUUGCUCGGAAAACAGGCCCGGACUUUCGGCAGUUGCCUUGGAUCAGCCGCUCGAAUCUUCCUUGGCAAUAUGAGAGAUGAGGGCUAUGGAGCGGACUCGACAUACCAGUCGGAAGAUCGAGAAAUGCUACCCCCAGUAUCCAAUUCGAGCUAUGGGAGAGGAUUCUGUUUACAAGCCCUCAAACUGUUGCCCGAGCUUGACCAUGACCCGGCUCUUCGUCAAACAAUGGAAGCUGCGGUGGACCAAAGCUAUGAGAAUGCUAUCGAGAAGUACCUCCAUUCAAUAACUCAGCUGAGUCAACUCUGCCAGUGCAAAAGAUGUUGUGGCGACUCCACGGGACCAAAAGAAAACUCGUAUUGUCUAAUGAUAUUGGUUCCGACUGUUUGUACAUUUGUGCGAACCAUGUCAGCCAUUCAAAUGCCUGCAGAGGUGGAGGUACGGCCAAGCCGACGGGGCAUGGAGAUGCUUUACGAAAAGCAGGAACGAGCUGUCCCUUCAGAGUCCUAUGAAACAGAGGUCUUGACGGAAGAUCAUAUCUUAGCAAUCUCAUGGCCUGAAAUCGGCAUUUUACAGCUGUCGCAUAUCAUAUUCACAGGUCGGGAAAACAGCUCUGUGAGCUGGUAUAAGGCACCUGCUCAGAACCCACAUACAGCGGCAAUCUCGCACUAUGGUCUUUGCUUCUCUCUUGACACAUUGAUCAAAACCAAAUCGGACCCUGAGGAAGUCUGUCGAGUAACAGUUAUACCCGGCAGGAUCGAGUGGAACGGCAUGACGUUUGACAGUAUACGCGAUCCGGAUCGAGGUGGUGGGGCGGAAGGAAUAGCACAGAACCCUGACUAUUCAAGUGCUUCAUGGACCGAUAUUACAGCAUAUGACAAUUUGGAGGAUAGCUCAUCCCCUAAUCUCCGAGCAGAGCUUAUUGUUGUGGAGGCAGCCACAGAGACCAGAAGUCUUCGGGUUGCCUGUCGCAUCUCGACCCCAAAGCAUCCUGGUCACCAUUUCACAAUAGGUGCUGCAAAGAUUUAG